AAGGAGUCAGAUAUGACUUGUCGGUAGUUGGGCGGAAUAAAAACGCGCCUUUUAAAGACGGAGUAAACGUCCGCAUUUACAGCAGCAAGAAGGUAGAUUCCAUCUUCGGGCUAUACUAACUCAAAUCUUCCUGGCCAUAACUCAAAGCUCAGACCAUCUGAACUUAAACGUGACUUAAACAGGAUAUGGACACCCAUGUAAAACGAGGAGAGGUUUAUUUACAACACCAAAAAUAUUCAGAGAAGUGGAAGCGGUACUGGCUAAACCUUUACCCAAACAGUCGGAAUGGUGUGGCUCGACUGGCGCUAACAGAAACUGGUCCAGAACGAUCCCCAGUUAUUGUCCGGAAGCAGCUCGACCGCAAGAUUAUAAGGCUAGCAGACUGUAUCAGCGUUGUUCGACUCCCUCCACACGCAGAGGCCCUACCUGGGGACAGCAUGGCAGCAUUUUGUGUAGAUACAGGUGAAAAGAGGCUGGUGUUUGCUGUAGAGAAAGAGGGCUGUGGAGAGUGGCUGGAGAAGAUCUGUGAAAUUGCAUUUCAGAAGAGCAGUAAUAAUGUGCCACAGCCACUGCUACAGAUGGAAGAGAAUGAAAUCUAUGCUUCCAGAGAAGAAGUGUUUGAGUUUCCGGUGACUGUGCAGCAGACCGAGGCAUCAGUGCGCUGCAACCUGCAGGGAACGUAUUGGUUGCAGAUUGGUGAAGACAUGCUCAUGCUCAAGGGCACUGACAGCAAGCAGAGAGUGAUGGAAUGGCCCUACAAGCUACUGCGCCGGUAUGGAGGAGACAAGAUGACGUUCUCAAUUGAGGCAGGUAGACGCUGUGAUUCUGGUCCUGGCACCUUUAUAUAUGAGACCAAGCAAGGUGACGAGAUACUCCAUCACAUGGAACUGGCCAUCCAGCAGCAGAAGAGCCUGGCUGUCACGGGAGGUAGCUCCACUGUCCAAACACCUUGCUCCCCAUUGCCUAAACGACCAGGCAGUGGCAACUUGCUGGACAUUCACACCAAUAGCUAUUCUGACUCCAGCUUAAGUCCUAUGUACUCAAGUCCUGUAAGUCCAAUAGGCUCAGCUGAAUCAGAAUGCAUCAAACCUGUAACUGGCUCAUCCCAAACAACACAGAGGCAUUCUGGUGAAUCUACUUCCUUGCCUGAAAUUGUGUACUCAAAUCCUGUUGAUGCUGUUGGGUUUGACAAGAGUAAGCACACACAGCGAGUCAGAUCACAAGUGACUGUGAAAAGCAGCAGUCCUGGUGAUUGUCAUAAUGAGGACUUAGAACCAGUGUAUUCUGAUCCUGUUGAUCUUCUCCAGCCUACAUAUAAUCCACCAAAAUAUGCCUCUGUUAAUCUUGAUAAAGCAAAAGAAACAUUUUAUUAUGCCAGUCAGUCAGAACCAGUGUACUCCGAGAUACCUCAUUUCACACCAUACCCAGCACAGAAACACGGAAGUGUGGUUCAGAUUGAGGAAGAACCAAUCUACAGUUUACCCGAGGUUUGUGUAGUUCACAAAACACAGGAGGACGUUCACACCAGCCCUGCAAAGGACAAUAAGCAGAACACACAAAGCACCAGGACAGAGGAAGUCAUCUACAGUCAAGUCAAAAAACCAAAGAAAUCCACAAAGCCUCAAGACAAGUACACUAUUACCAGCUCACAAGAGAUUAUGUCUGAAGACCUUGGACUGAUUUAAAGGAACAAUUGCAUUUGUACUGUUUUUAAAAGCCAUUCAUAAUGAUUAUGUUAUAAUCAUAUAAGCAAAAGUUCCUAUAUUACUACACUUUCAGUGGGAUGUCCAUCAUACAAGUCCUUACAUAAGUUAUUAAAACAACCUUUUGUAUUGUACCCCCCCCCCCCCCCCAAGCCUCACCUAUCAUGUGGCUCAUGUGGCAUCCCAACACCCCCCCCCCCAUUAUUGGAGGAGAUCUAUUCUAUAUAAAUCUAUUCUAUAUAUGAUCUAUUCUAUAUAAAAUCUAUCUAUAUAUAAUCCAAUCUAUAAUCUGUUUUUGGUAGAUAGAUAGAUAGAUAGAUAGAUAGAUGUAUACUUAUAUAGAGAGAUUUUUUUGUUUCUGUUUUUGUACUUUUUUUUUAAAUUACUAUACAUAACUUAUGAUUUUUUACAAUAACUAUUAUGACUUUUAUAAAACUAUAUAACAGACAUGUAUAGAACAUGAAUGAUCAAAAAUGUUUCUGAACACUACAACUACUUUGAACAAGAGAACUAGGCUGUAAUAAUGUGUACCAUUUUACUUGUAAAACAUGUUGCAUUCCAUUCGCCUUGCAUUCUAAAAACAUUUGCAUAUGAAUGAUGUAAAUUGGGACGAAGGGCGCAUCUUAUCCAUGACAUUGUUAAAUAUGUUAAUAAACAAUGAAAAGAUAGAUUUUUUUUUAAUUA